AUGGACCAAACAUGGACAGAAUGGCGACAUUUGAUCGAAGGGAUCGAUCCAGCGACAACAGAACCAGAAGCUCCAAGGCGCAUACAGUUUACACUGGCAGAGAACCAACUUUCAUCACCACCGCCCAACAUCCCACUGAUCCCACAUCUUCUGAGCGUCCAUCAUGCCUUCGCACAAGCGCUGAGGAUCAACGUAGGUUUAAUGAUUUGGCCAGAGGCCUGGUUCCCAGGGGAUGACCGACUGUGCCCCUUGUAUCUCCGGCCUUGGAUUCAAUUUCCUCAACUCCAAGAAGAGAUGUGGAAGAAAAUCCUCAAUGCGUCCGAACUUGUCAAUGCAUGUGUUUUCCCUCCACAAUCCUCCAUUCAAUACACCGCUCAAAUACUGCAAUGGUACACGGUGCAUUCGGAAGAAACUUUGAAGCAAUUUGCACACAGAACGCUGGACGAUUUCCUCGCACUGAUUGUUAAUUUUAUCGAACAUGAGGACACACUGCGAUACAGGUUCAAUGUCCGCGGACACCUGAAAUUCGACCGCCCGCGUGAUUGCUGCGUUUCUGUUACGAAAUUCGGAUUCGAAGAGCCAGCGUACGCAGUCUUAUACAUUCCAUCAUUUUGUCUGACUUUGCCCGAACUGAUUGCAGGGUUGCGCGCCACAUCACCGAUGCAGUCCUUUGACAAAGAACCCAAUACAUUUGAGGAACAUGCCACCGCCAUGGUGGUCCAUGCGAUCGUUCGAAUCUAUUCAAGGAUGAUUUGCUCUGGACGCCGGUAUGGGUAUAUCUACACAGGAGAGGCCUUGGUAUUUCUUCACAUCCCUCCAAGGGACUCCAGCGCUGUCGAAUACUAUCUCUGUGUUCCUGGUCGAGACGUCGUUUCUCUUGAUUAUGAUCCACAUGCAAAAUGGGUUCGCCGUACGGCCUUGGGCCAAGUCCUCGCUUUCGCACUACAAUCUUUAGCUGCCACACCACCAUCGCAGGAAUGGCAUGACGAAGUUUAUCAAUCGUACCGUCCGCUCGAACACGAUUACUCAAUUUUCAUGCCCCAAGCCCCGGAUGACCUUCGAUUCCGCGCACCAGCAGAGUUUAUGUAUGAGAACUCAUUCUGGCCUAGAUUCUGGGCAAAUCUUCUGGAUACAAUCAUAACAACGGACUAUGAAAGCUGCGGUUCAGAAAGCACCGAGUUGUCCGACAUUUGCAAGCCUUACUGUACCCAGGCAUGCCUCCGUGGCACCUUUGAAAAGGAUGUUCUGGAUGAAAAUUGUCCCAACGUUGCUCAGCACGGCACAGAAAGACAUCAAAUCAACUCACAGGAAAUCUGCGACAUGAUGAACGAACAACUUCGAGAGAACCGGUAUAGAGGAUUCCAGCAGUUGCACAUCAUUGGCCGAACCUGUUAUCUAAUUAAAGCAACGUUGGUGUCUCAUGGGUACACCGUGUUGAUCAAGGCCACCGGCACCAGACAAUCGCGCAGGCUACUCGUUGAAUUGAGUAACUAUCAGAAUCUGAUGCCGUUGCAGGGAUAUCAAAUUCCUGUAUGUCUUGGGAUGUUUUUACCCAAGAUCCCAUAUUGGUAUCAUGGGGUUGAAAUGAACUACAUGAUGCUCCUCAGCUGGUCUGGAAUUCGAACGGAUCAACAUGCUACCCUUGAAUCGCGUCAGUACCUUGAACUGGAGAAGUGGAAACUUGAGGACAAACUUCAAGAACAUGGAGUGGUUCAGAAAGAUGCAGCUUUCCGCAACGUGCUGUGGAAUCCCACGUCACAAUCCUUUGUGAUGAUCGACUUGGAAGAUUUAAAGUGGCUGAACGGCACUCCAGAGGGGUCCAAGCGGCAUGGAAGCCAGGACACACAAUCCAGCAGAGAAGAGAUCCGGUCCAGUGGCUACCUUGGAGAUGAUGACAAGUAA